AUGGCCACUAUAUCCAUCAACGCCCCCGGAGCCAGCGGCUUCCUCUACAACAACGCCUCCAACGUCGCCCGACUAUGCAUCUCAGCCGAAACCCCCGACUUCGACGCCGUCUUUCUGCGCGAGUGGCAAGACGAGGGCUUUGAGGUUGUAUAUAUUCCGUAUAACGGGGGCGGCAAAGAGUAUGAGCAGCAGUUACGCUCUGUGAAGGAGGGUUUGGGCGUGGGGGAGAAUUACGCUGUGUUAGCCUUCGGUGACGCAGCAAGCUACUGCCUCGACUACUACCUCAAACCAACAUCCUCAAGCCGUCUCUGCGCCCUAAUCGCCUACUACCCGACCGCGAUCCCAGACACACGGUCCCGGUUUUCCCCCACCCUGCGCGUUCUCGUCCACCUAGCUGGCACAACCGUCGACGUAGUGACCACUCCCACCGCGCUCGGCCUGCAAGGCAAAAAGCGGCGCGCAACCCGCGAGAUCAACCCCGGUAUCGGAACCGGCGAGCGUCUGAAUUUUGGGUAUCCGGCUUAUACGUAUGAGGUGGAGCCCGGGUUCGCGGAGCAUGACCUGGAUGAGUUUGAUCGGCUUGCGGCGAGUCUGGCGUGGUCGCGGUCGUUGGGGGUUCUGCGGAAGGCGUUUAAUAAGGAUUUGGAUCUUGAGGCGAGGUGGGAGGAGCAUUUGGAUGCAAAAUUCUUCUCCAUGAAAAUCUCCUCCACAAUGGAACCCUACGUCAACCAUCUCACCCCCACAACAACAUACACGCCCACGCUGAGCGGCGGAAUCGGCGCCCACGCCCUCCGCCGCUUCUACGAGCACCACUUCCUGCGCCAGCUACCUCCCUCCAUGCACCUGCGCUUAAUCUCGCGCACCAUCGGCGCAGACCGCGUCGUCGACGAGCUGUAUACAUCUUUUGAACACACGCAGGAAAUCCCGUGGUUGCUACCUGGCGUCGCGCCGACGGGUAAACGCGUAGAGAUCGUGCUUGUCAGUAUUGUCAGUGUGCGCGGGGGAAGGCUUUACUCAGAGCAUGUGUACUGGGAUCAGGCGAGCGUGCUGGUUCAGGUGGGACUGCUGGAUCCGAAGCUGUUGCCGCGCGAGGCGCAGGAUAAGACGGAUCGGAUGCCUGUUGUUGGGAGGGAGGCUGCGAGGCGGGUGCUGGAGGAGAAUCCGGAGGAGGAGGGGCAAGGGCGUCGCGAUUAUCAUAAUCGGUUGAUUCGCAGGGCGAGGGCCAAGAAGCAUCAGCGGGAUGGUGGUGGUGGUGGUUCGGCGGUGGCUACGCCGGGCGUGGAGGAGUCUGGGACGGAGCUGGGUGGGAAGGAGGAUGAUGUGGAUCAUGGGAAGGGGAAGGUUGUGCAGCGCGAGGGGAAGAAGCCCGGGCUAGAGGUCGAUAAUGCUAAUGGUGAGGAGGAGUCUACUGCUGGUGGUGGAGGUGGACGAGGAGGACAGUCCAAGGCAACGGUGGAGGACGCGCAGAACGAAGAUUGA